CGGUAUGUGAGAAAGACUUGUACGGGAAGCGGAGAAGAGACGGUAGACGUGAGGGAUCGAUUAUAAGACUGGUGUUGUCAGGUGGCACAGAGCCUUUGAAGAUCGACACCGGCAACAAAACCGAGGCUAUUCCACUGGAUUUGGAAAAAGCGUUUCUGUAACGGUGAUCGUUUAUUUGAUCCGAUACAGGAUGUCUGGACAGAGCAUUACAGACAGGAUAACCGCCGCUCAGCACAGUGUCACCGGCUCGGCGAUUUCCAAAACUGUGUGCAAGGCGACCACGCAUGAAAUAAUGGGGCCAAAAAAGAAACAUUUGGAUUACUUGAUUCAGUGCACAAACGAGAUGAAUGUGAACAUCCCUCAGCUGGCUGACACACUGUUUGAGAGGACCACCAACACCAGCUGGGUGGUUGUCUUCAAGUCCCUCACCGCCACACACCAUCUGAUGGUCUACGGCAACGAGAGAUUUAUACAAUAUCUGGCCUCAAGGAACACGCUAUUCAACCUCAGCAAUUUUUUGGACAAAAGUGGCCUACAAGGCUAUGAUAUGUCAACAUUCAUAAGGAGGUAUAGCCGCUACCUGAAUGAGAAGGCUGUGUCCUACAGACAAGUCGCGUUUGACUUCACUAAAGUGAAAAGAGGGUCGGAUGGAGUGAUGAGAACCAUGAACACAGAGAAACUCCUCAAGACCAUCCCUAUCAUCCAAAAUCAGAUGGAUGUGUUACUCGAUUUCAAUGUCAAUGCCAAUGAACUGACAAAUGGCGUGAUCAACGCAGCCUUCAUGCUUCUGUUCAAAGAUGCGAUCCGACUGUUUGCAGCCUACAAUGAAGGGAUAAUCAACCUCCUGGAGAAAUACUUUGACAUGAAGAAAGUCCAGUGCAAAGAAGGCCUUGACAUCUACAAGAAAUUCCUCACACGAAUGACAAGAAUCUCAGAGUUCCUCAAAGUUGCAGAGCAGGUCGGAAUUGAUCGAGGGGACAUCCCAGAUCUGUCUCAGGCCCCCAGCAGCCUGCUCGAUGCCCUGGAGCAGCACUUGGCCUCUUUAGAGGGAAAGAAAGUCAAAGACUCGACGGCAGCUAGCAGGGCUAGCACUCUCUCCAAUGCGGUCUCCUCCCUGGCCAAUACCGGCAUAUCUUUCACCAAAGUGGACGAAAGGGAAAAACAGGCAGCACUGGAGGAAGAGCAGACUCGCCUAAAAGCACUAAAAGAGCAGCGUCUGAAAGAGCUCCAGAAGAACCCCGCAGCAGCGACCACAGACUCCUCCCCUGUCUCCACAGUGGGCGGGACCAUCAACUCAGCCCCCGCCAUUGACCUCUUCUCCACCCCCAGCUCUACCAACAGCACCUCCAAGGCAGCCAAUGAACUGCUGGACCUUCAGCCGGCCUUCCAGCAGCCACUGCCUCUCUCCACCACCAACACAUGGGGAGAUCCUUUCACCUCUGCUGCAGAAGCUGUGGAAGAAUCCAUUCCAAACUCAAACCCUUUCCUCACUCUACCUGUUGUCGAUGCUGUCCCGCUGUCCACGGCGUCCUCGGACGCUGGCAGCCUGUCCUCUAGGACACCUAGCCAUGAAGUGUUUGAUCAUUACAAUCCUUUUUUUGACUCAAACUCUUCCCUGGCGUCUGAUCUUGACACCGCAGCGCAGCUAGAGACAUUUAUCACAGACUCCUUCUGUGGGCCAAGCCUUUACAACACCACUCCUCUCUUCCAAUCUGAGCCCCCUGCUGUAGCUGGUCUAUUCAGAGGGUUUACAGCCUCCCCAACCCCCCAGCAGCUACAGAACUCUCGAGGCCUUAACGUCGACUUUGACUCAGUAUUUGGCAACAACACCAAUGCUAACAACCCGGAUUCUACGGAUGUUUUAGGUGGCAUCCUCAAACCCACAGUGGCAUCCUCACCUAGUCAGGGCAUGACCCUGAACGGCCAGCAGCCCCACAAGCUGGUAUCCAACGACCUGGACUCGUCACUGGCCAAUCUAGUCGGCAAUCUUGGAAUCGGCAACGGAACAGCAAAGAACGAUCUCCACUGGAGUCAGCCUGGCGAGAAGAAGCUGACCGGUGGAACCAACUGGCAACCCAAGACGGCUCCGUCUACCACCUGGAACCCUGCAACCAUGGCACCAUCUGUCAUGGCCUUCCCUGCAACCACACCGACAGGCAUGAUGGCAUAUGCAAUGCCUCCUCACAUGGGCUCCGUGAUGAUGACGCAGCCCACCGUGAUGUACACCCAGCCUGUGAUGAGGCCGGCCAACCCCUUUGGCUCUAAUCCAGGUGCACAGUCCCCCACAACUUCCAGUCCUUCCAGUCCCAGCCCCCUCAGAGCAGCAGGGAAGGACCCCUUUGCGCAGCUCUUUCUGCAGAAUUUCUUAUAGAGCAUCUUUAGAUGCAGUUUAUGUAACCUGAAGGGGGGGUGGGGGGAGGGUCUUUCCCGUCUGGAGAUGAUUCACGACAAAUUCAACUAUCUGAGCAAACCUGCAGUUUGCCUCUAAUGAACUCACCUCUCUCUGAGAACGAAAGGCCCAAAUAAGACUUGAAUUUAAAAUCGCGGUGACUGGGAACGGCUCUGACCAUCUCAGCGAGGCGUCACAGUGGACGUUGUGCCCAUCUAGUCAUGUCUAAGUCAUGGAAGGAGGAGACGAGUGCGUGUUGCCACCGGAAAUCAUGUGGACAGGGAUCAGCCCCGACGUCAUCCCGGACUAAAGACUUUCUGACAUCGCUGUUUAUGCACCUGGAUUAAAAAAACAAAAAACAAAGUUGGCUUGUUGUCACACAUGCACACCGUUUGUCUUUUUUUCUUCCUCUUUCUCCAGAUGAGGCUUUGAGAGUCACUUCUUUUGAUUAUCAAUCAUGAUUUCCUUCUUAAAACAUCCCCCAAAUUAGAAAAAUAAUGGCAAACUCUUUAUAUACCACACAUUUUUGUUUUAUUUUUUUUGUAUGUAUUGUUUGCAGUAGACAUUCCUUGUGUAUUGUUUGUAUUUAUUUAUGAUUACCUACAUAGACAAAAAAAAGUAAAUGUAACUAGUCACUGACCUCCUCCUUGCGGAAGGAAGGUCUUCAGGUUUAUAGUUAUGGUUUAUAGGUAUGAUUGAUUGUAGAAUUGGAUUUUGAGUGAUUGAGAUGAUUUUUUUAAAAAAACAGAAGUUAAUAUAAAGUUUAAAGAGAUGACACGUUUUGCUGUUGGGGCACUAAAUAUUCUCUGUACUCGCAUGAUGCCUUGUACAGUUUAUGUGUGGCUUGAGGGGGUCACACGGAGGAUGUGUAUGAACGUAAUAAUUCAUAAACACCGGGUAAAUCGGUGGGGUCGAUUUCUACAAAUUUGGCGAGGGAACAUUUUUCACAUCAGAAAAAAAAAAAAAAAAAAGCACUACAUUUUGUGAUCGAGGCAGCAUUGCAUUGGAAAGGAAUCUGCAUUUAUGCUUUUUUGACGCUUUUGGCAUGCCAUUUAUUCUUACAUUUAACAAAGCUGCUGGCUGCCCUUUUUCCAACCUGAAUGUGCGGGGUCCCUUUCAUGCUCAGAUCAUGUUUCCAUAGAUGAGCACUGGGGGCAGUCGGGACAAUGCGGAGCUUGAGGUUGGACUGGAAACUAAGGGUUAAGGAGGGGGCGGGGCCAGAGAGGUGUAGUAAUGCAGGAGAAUAGAGCACUGUUGAUCGGCGCUUUGUGUACAUAAAACUUUUCCUGCCAAUCAGACGAAUGGGCGAGUGCGGGUAUGAAAGAUGGUCUGAACAUAAAAGUGGCCCUUAAUCCAUUAACUGAGCAUAUUUGCUGCAUUGUCCCUGCAGAUUAUAUUUUUGUUUUUUUGAUUUUUCCAAUAAAGUGCAAGCUUCCACA